AUCCAAAUACCGAAAUCUCCGUAUUUACCUUUUUAUUAUUCUUUCCCUCGGCCCAAAACCCAUUCAGCCCAGGUCGGCCCAAUGCCUCCACCGAUCCCAACUUCAACGAAGCCUCUGGUCGGCGCCACAACCGAUAACGCCGACGUCGUCGUCAUCAUGCUCAUCCUCUCUCCACUGUUUCAGAUUUCCUUCGUUCGGCCAGCCACUAGCGCAACCGACGUUAUUGCCGUCGCCAUUUUAAACUCCUCCCUUUUAUACGAUGCAUAUCAUCUUGCCGCUGCCUUCCACCGCCUCGCUGCACCGCCUUUCCUCUUCCUAUAAAUUCCUUCUGUUUGUCAUCUCGUCACUGUUUUGCACAAAAGAGAGAAGAAGCAAGCCAACGUUGAGCACAGCUCGUUGCUCCCGAUCUGUUCACUAUUGCCGGCCGAGUCGUCGCCGGUAUUGCUGCCGCUGACCAUGAAGAAGGUCGUUGCAGUCCCCUCCUUUAUUUCCUUGAAGCUGUAAAGUCAGUCACUAUCAGAAUUGCUGCCUCCAAGCCCGGCCGGACUACAGCAAGGGUUUAUGUCGCCGGUGCUCCAUCGCAAAAUUGGUCACCACCAUAGCUUCCCUCCCAAAAUUAAAGAUCGUGUAAAAGAAAGGUCUAUCAAGCCACCACAGGAGCUGACGUGGAUCCAGACGGCUACGUUGAAGCUCCUAGAAAACCACAUGUUGCAAGAAAAGCAGGUCGUCGUCAAGGUUGUUCGUGUUAGGGUCGCUUCCUUCGCUCGAGCUUGCCUGUGGUGUUGUUGGGUCUUCUGCUUGCUGUCUGGUUGUCUUUUUGAAAAGCUAGGCCAACGUGUCAUAUUUUCGCUGAUAAGUAAGUAUAAUUCGCUGAGCUUGUGCUUUUAUACCUUUUCUGUGCGCAACUGCAUCCUGGGCAGUUGUGGCUUGUGGGAUUCCUGUUUAUUUCAGGUGCACCCUCACAUUCUAUCAAUGACGCAAAUCGGAGCAGAGGUGACACAGAUCGGGGUGGAUGGAACGGUGCGGAUGGAGAUCGACAACCUUGGUCUUUUUAAUCCGCAGCGUGCAUGAUAGGUGCUUCUCCCCUCACCUCACUAUAUGCUCUAAAAAAAGCCUGACAAGGCAAGUGUGCCUUGUAGAGGGCACGAGUAGCUUUGUAAGAACACGAGUUGGUCCAAGCUAGAGGGGAAUCUCCGACGUGCCUUAGCUGACCAGGUCACCACAGUUUGCAUGCCCUUAAG